UUCCUCACAGCAGCCAGACAAUUAGAGCGAGAAACGGUGAACGGAAGCGUCGAAUCUGUUUCCCGUUGGCUGUUUGUGUAAAAAAGAGGCACGUUUUUUCUGAUAAAUAGUUAUUGAUAAAGAUUGUUCUAGUUAUGGACAUCCUCAAAGCAGAGAUCGCGAGGAAAAGAAAACUCCUUGAGGAGAAAGAGCUCAUAGAUGACUCGAAGAAAUACUUCAAACGGGCUGAUCUCGCGCGGAAGGAAGAGGAGGACUAUUACAGGAGAUGUGGAUACAAGGUUUCUAAUGAGCAGCCUGUGCGACAGCUGGACAAGACCGAGGAGGAGGCGCCUCCAUCUACAUCAUCCAAUCCUGUGUUAGAAUUGGAGCUCACCGAGGAGAAGCUGCCAAUGACGCUCUCUCGGCAGGAGGUGAUCAGACGUCUGAGGGAACGUGGCGAACCCAUCCGUCUGUUUGGCGAAUCCGAUUAUGAUGCUUUCCAGAGACUCCGGAAGAUCGAAAUUCUAGCACCAGAAGUAAACAAGGGAUUGAGGAAUGAUCUGAAGGCUGCCAUGGAUAAGAUUGAUCAGCAGUAUUUGAAUGAGAUUGUCGGUGGAGCAGAGGGCACUGAACUGGACACACAACAUGAUCUCAAAGUGCAUGAAGAAAAUACCACCAUUGAGGAGCUGGAGGCUUUGGGAGCGUCUCUUGGCACUGGCAAUGAUGUUAGAGACAUGGACAUCAUAAAUAAAGUUUUAAGGUUUUUGCUGGGUGUGUGGGCUAAAGAUCUAAACAGCCGAGAGGACCAUGUGAAGCGUAGUGUCCAGGGCAAACUCGCCAGUGCUACCCAAAAACAGACAGAAUCUUAUCUGGAACCUCUGUUCAGAAAACUACGUAAGAAGAAUUUGCCAGCAGAUAUUAAGGAGUCCAUCACAGACAUCAUAAAGUUCAUGCUGGAGAGGGAAUACGUCAAGGCAAACGAUGCUUAUCUGCAGAUGGCUAUAGGAAACGCUCCGUGGCCCAUCGGUGUGACCAUGGUGGGUAUCCACGCUCGUACUGGACGUGAGAAGAUCUUCUCCAAACACGUCGCUCAUGUGCUCAACGACGAGACCCAGAGGAAAUAUAUUCAGGGGCUGAAAAGAUUAAUGACAAUCUGUCAGAAACAUUUCCCGACAGAUCCCUCAAAGUGUGUGGAGUAUAACGCUCUGUGACGUACGUUCAAAGUCCUGUCACGCCAUAUUGUACAACGUACGGCUCUCUUAUUCUCUCGUGUUAUAAAUAACUUCUUGACUGUAAAUAUACACCGAACUUGAGAACAUGCAUGUGGAUCUCUUUUGUUACAGUGGGAUACAGGAGUGAUGUUUUCUUUACAUUCACUGAUGCUUGAUGCUCUUGGAUUUUAAUGUCUUUGUUACUGAGCUGAAUGCUGUACGUGUACAUUCAUCAGCAAACCAAGAGAUGUAGGCCUGUACCUUUACAGACAGGAAAUAUUCCUUUUAAGGAUGAAUGUCAUGAAGACUUGCAAUUUGAGUCACUAUCAAAACAAGCCCAAAAAUGCUCAAAUCACAUCUCAUGACUUUAUCUGCCCUCCUGAGAUGAGUUAAAGGAAGAGCUGAGUCACAGGAAGAAUGGAUGACUUCCUCACGCUAUGACCAAAUCAGAGCUAAAAGACAAACAAGCCAACUUUUAUGCUUAUGCUUAUUUGAGAUCCGGGAAAUCAGAUUCAUUUUAGUGAUUCAGUUUUCAAUAAUUCACUUUUGAGGGGUCAGUCUGAAGUUUCCUUAAAAAUGACAGGGUUGCAAGUUGAUGAAAAGCUAAUUAUAUCUGUACUGUAAAAAUUUAAAUUGUUUAAAAAAAAUCUAAAUAAAAAACGGACGAUCAAAUGGAAA